UGUUUUUCAGGCUAAAAUAAAAACUAACUUUCAAUCACAUGAGCAAUAAUUUAACGUAGUACAGUUUAAUUUUUGUGAGAAAUGUGGGGAAACCCUAACACUGAACGCUAUCCUUUCAGCUAACUUUCCACAACAUUAUCUAGUUUGAAGUUAGUUACCAGAGGAGGGUUGAAAUGAUUUUUCUAAAUUAUUAACUUAAGAGUUGAAUUUGUGUUGGUAAAACGUUUACAUAAAUAGUAGCCAGUCUUCAGUAUAAAAUAAGAAAUACACAAAAAAGUGUGAGUGAGUGUCCACACCAGUUGUGUCUGUGUUGUCGAUGGCCAUGGUAACAUAUUGUUUGUGGAUACAGUAAGCCACGUUCAUUUGAGCAGCCGUUCACAGUGAAUGAAGAUGGACAUACAGGACCAGCUGACUCCUGUUGAACUUCAGGAGCGUCUUCAAGCUCUCACAGAAGAAAAUUUGCACCUGCGAGACAAAAAUGAACGCCUUUACACCAAAAUGGGCUACCUGGAGAGCAGACUGGGCCACCUGGCCAACUCCAGCACAGAUCUAUCCUGCAGGCUGGUCCAGAGUGAAGAGGAAAAACUGAAGAUAUCUAAGGAGCUUGUGGAGGAGAAAAUUCAAACAAAUAAGAUGAGAGAGCAUUUUGAAGAAGAGACGUUUGAGCUGAAAAACAAGAUACUGAACCAAGAUGCUGUAAUAACGGAGCUCGAGAUGGAACGAGACAAUCUACUCCGGGAACUCCAGUCAGCUGAGGCUCGUCUGAAAGUGGGAGAGAAGAGCGGCCAAGGCCUGUCAGAGGAGUAUGCCACACUGAAGAAGAACUACCAAACUCUGGCUGAGGUGCAUGCUAAUGAGCUGGCACAGAGUGAAGAGCUGAGUGCCGAGCUGCUGGCACUGGCCCAGGCCCAGGACACCCUCCGUAGGCAGCUGCAAGAGCAGCAGCAGAGUGUGAAGACUACCACUCAGGGCCUGCACGGUGAGCUGGACAGGGUGCGGGCCUUGAUCAGCAGCAUGUCACAUAACAGAGUCAAGCUUGAAGAUCUGGCAGCACUGGACAAGGAGCAAAAAUCUAUGGAACAAACUCUGCUUGGAAACCAAGAUGAGAUCAGAGACAUGCUGCAGAAAAUGAAGAACAGCUACGAGGAGCAGCAGAGGAAACUGGAGGAGAAAGUGGUGGCGAUGGGUAAAGAGCACCAGGAGAACAAGAGAGCGAUCCGUAAUAACCAGCAGGAGCUAUCUGAGCAGAGUGCGGCCCUGAUGUGCUCUCAGAGCCAUGUAAAGGAGGUGGAGGAGGAGAACUCAAAGCUGCAGCUUCGAGUCAAAGAGCUGAACGAGGAGUACCGUGCAAGGCUUGUGUGCUAUUUACAGGACUUAUCUGAGUACAUUGAUGGACUUGGAGAAGAUAAAAGCCCUCCAGAGACUUCUAAGAUGAGGGUUUUUGUGGACAGCAUGCUCCAGGAUGUUCGUUCGUCCUACAGGGCCAGGGAGGAACAGCUCGCUACCGCUGCUCGCUCUUAUAAGAAGAGAUUUCAGAAGAUCACCAAGACCCAUCAUGCUCUCCUUAUUGCAUACAGAGUUCAGAGGGAGCAGAUCAUGGCCACACCAGGGAGCAGCCUUGACCCUGGACCCCCAGAAGCUCACUUCAGCCUGGACCCCGCUGAGCUCAGAGAUGAAACUGAGAAAGAGCUCCAGCACCUUCGUCAGGACAAGGCGAGGCUGGAGGGUCAGCUGCAGGCGGCCCGGGAGCAGGUGGCUCUCCUCAAAAUGCCCGUUCAAAAUUUAAGCCAUCAGGAGCCGGCAAAACUGGAGCAGAUACGUGAGGAAUCCUGGUCGGACAUACAGAAACAGCUGAAGGAGAUGACAGACUCUACACUGGUGGGCUUUGAGAAGGAGCGGGCCCUGCUCAUCACCAGGGCAACCGUCGCCGAGGCACAGGUGUCAGAGUUGCAGGAUUACAUUGACAACCACCUGGUUAGGUAUAAAGAGGAGAUCUCACGUCUCUGCAGACUGCAUGGGAUUCAGGAGGCGGGGCGUUCCCAAAGUGCUAACUCAUCCCUGCGUUAAGAAAACCUAAACCUUAAACCUAAU